AGCACUACGGAGACACAUCAUGGCCAUUCUCUCCAGCGCUCCAGCCAUUCUUAUCCUGGCAGCCUUAGCCUUGGCCUCCUGCCUCCAGUUGGUUGAUGGCAUCCACAUUGUCCCCACCCCCUCGAUUCCCCGCGUUGGACAAACGGUCACCCUUUCUGCGCAGGGUAUAAGCCGGCCCACUAUCUGCUUUUGGUUCCGGAGCACCAGGUUUGACAAGAGCAGAAUGAUCUUCCACAUUGAGCAUGGAAGGGUGAUCUCAAAGGGCGGGGCCUUCACUAACCGCGACAGCUUGGGGAGAGACUGCGCCUUAGUCAUCCAAGGGGUGCAGGCCUCCGACGCUGGUGACUACUAUUUGAUCACUCUGGAGCGGGAUCACGGUUGGAAGGACGCUCUGGCGCGGCUGCAGGUUUCCAACUGAGGAUUCUUCAUUCUCCGUCGCUGGAUCCUCUCCCACAGAGACAAAGGCUCAUGUUCCUCAGGACAGGACGCAGAGAUUGCAGUCAGACCAUCGGGUUUGGAUCCAAAGAUGAAUGAAUUGGCCCCUUCGUUUCCCUUCCCUUCAUUGUCUCUGUUUUUGCCUUCCCUAAAGGGGAAAAAGCCCUCCUAAAUAAAAAUCCAUUUUGA